ACGAAUCGAUUCCUGUCAAGCCCCGGCGUGUGUUUGUCUCGAACCCCCCCGCCGCUCCCCUCAGAGUCUCCGUCACUCUCCGUCGCUCUCUCCUCUGCCCGUGCCAUGAGCGUCCCGGUCCGGCGUAGGGGCCCGAGCACCGAGGGGGGCGAAGGGGACGAGGCGGUGCGGUCCACGUGCGACGACGCCACCGCCUGCAAGAGAUUUGCAGUGAACCUGGGCUACUGGGUGGACCCCUACAUCCAGCACAUGGUACGGCAGAAGUCGGAAAGGAAGGCUCCUGAAAUCAAUAGAGGUUAUUACGCCAGGGUGCAUGGCGUGUGGGGACUACUUGAGAGCUUCAUGAAGAAGACAGAGUGCCAGUGCCAGGUGAUUGGCAUCGGUGCUGGAUUAGACACAACGUUUUGGAGGCUGAAGGACGCUAACCUUCUGCCGAGGAAAUAUUUUGAGCUCGACUUCCCUGCAAUCACGUCCAGGAAAAUACACAUCAUCAAGACAAAAGCACCACUGUCCAAAGCUGUAUUGGAGACGCAUUCCUCUGACAGCUUGGCCCUGGAUGGCGCCAAUCUGAACUCGGAUCGUUUUGCGAUCCUGGGAGUGGAUCUCCGGGACCUGGCCACCGUGCAGCAGAAGCUGCGAGACGCUGGGCUCGACCCACAGCUCCCUACGGUGCUGGUGGCCGAGUGCGUGCUGGUGUACAUGACGCUGGAGCACUCGUCUCGCCUCGUGCGCUGGGCAGCGGACACCUUCCCCACUGCCCUCUUCAUUAACUACGAGCAGGUGAACAUGGAGGACCGGUUUGGGCAGGUGAUGAUUGAGAACCUGCAGCACAGGCAGUGUUCUCUGGCUGGCGUGACUGCCUGCCGGAGUCUACAGACGCAGAUGGCGCGGUUUUCUGACAACGGCUGGGAGAAGGCAGAUGCCCUGAACAUGAUGACGGUCUACAACUGCCUACCACACACCGACAGGAGAAGGAUGGAGAAAAUUGAGUUUCUGGAUGAGGGAGAGUUGCUGCAGCAACUGCUGCAGCACUACGGCCUGAUCUGGGCCGUCAAGGAUGCAAGAGAGCUGGGGUUGUUUACGAUCGGAUUUUCUUCCUGAAUAACUAGCAUGAGGCGGACUGUUGGACUCGCACCGCAAGCACACCGAAUCGACCUUAGCACACACUAGAGCACACACCGUAACGUGGUCAUGAACCACUUCACAGGCUUCCAGCAGAGCCAGCAGAACUCUGUAAACAUGUAAAAAAAAUGUACAACUUGUGAAAGGCUCCAGUAAGAGUUUAUUUCUCAUAUCCCAUGGUGGAUUAUAUUACUGCCAGAAAAUAUAAAUGAGGACUGUCAUGUGAUGAAAUCAGAUUGACAGUUUAAUGCGCAAAUUAAGAACCUUCAAUUUUAAGUGCUGUACUCAUUCAAAGUGAAUUUCAUGAUGUAUAUGUUUCAUUUCUAAAUUAAAGUAAGUGUAUUUUAGUUACCCCAUUACGUGUAAAUGAUCAAUUGCAUUCAAGAUCAAGAUAAGCAAUGUGAUAUGCAGUAUGUAUAAACUGCGUGGAAUGUAUAGAUUUGUACAGAAUUAAAACUAAUUUAUGGAAACCCUCCACAGUAGUAUAAUAACACUUAGGUUUUCAUUGCCAAUAUGAUGCAUAAUUGGAUGUGUACAUGUGACAAUUGCAUUUUUCAGUUUCGAGUUGGAGGAUUUGGUGAUGCAUUUGGUCAAUUCAUUACGUGGCCGAAAGCAAAAAUUAAGUCCUUAACAUUAGUCUGCACCUUGUGUUUCCACAGGUCUACUUUGCAUAAGAGAUAUAUUUAAUUUAGUCCUCUUCUGACGCAAUAAAUAUCUGUUCGAUGCUAAUCAA